UGAUGCAUCCGCCAUUACAACCGUGAAACCCGUGAGCCGUGAAAGAUGUACAAAGAUGGAGGGGGCGAAUCGUGUGCUGUAUUUAACUGUUUUAACAACAGAAAAAAAAUUUAUUUGUGGAAGCAGUCUAUCUGCAAAGUUCACGGUGACAUUCUCCACAAAGAUUGUCCGUGCAUUGUUCCAUACAGCCUUCACAAGAUGCCAAAAGCGGAGCCCGAAAAACUUCAAUGGCAACGAGCACUACAUCGCAAUGAUUUGCCGAAGAAUGUGUUUGUGUGUUCAACACAUUUUAUAGAUGGGCGACCAACUGCAAGAAAUCCCAUACCCAGUCUGAAUUUAGGUUAUGAAGCUCCCAUAAAAGUUGGUCGUCGACUUUUGAAAAGGAAGUUUGUUGCAGAACAAAAGACGGAUGGGUAUGUUUGACUCCAAAUAAUGAAAGAGCAGAGAUAAAUAUAUAUUUUGUAGUGCUGCCAUUGAAAAUAAUUUC